AUGCCUGGGAACGUAUCUAGUCUGGGAGAAGCGCCGCUAGCUAUUCCUCUUACUGUAUUGUCUCACGGCCGUGCUCUACUUGACAGCGGCUUGACAGCAAACAGCGCAACUCCCGCUAGAGAUACUUCUGAUCCGCUUAGCGGUGGUGGCGAGAACCCAAAGCUCCAGCACGAUUCGAAAUUACCCACGAAGGUGAAACAGAAGCAACUCAACUUCCUAUCCACACAGUUCGCCGGAAGCUUAGAGAUGAUUGCUGUGAACGGUACCCUUGGCACAGGUCUUUAUGUGCGAAGCGGUCAGAUCCUCGAGCUUGGAGGACCCCUGGCUGUGAUCUUCUCCUUCCUCUUCCUCGGACUCUUGACUUGGGCGGUGAUGCAAUGCAUCGCUGAACUUCUAUGUCUAUGGCCCGUCCCAGGAGCAGUCCCCUUGUUUGUUAGGAAGUUUGUGGAUAAAGAGCUUGGAGACACUGUUGGCGUGGCAUAUUGGUAUACAUAUUCCAUAGGAUUCGCCGCCCUGAUCGCCACUUCUGCCAGUGUCCUCAAUUACUGGACCGCAGGGAUAAGCGGAUUCAGUGAGGGGUUCGCCUAUGUUGCUCUUCCCUUGAUACUCGUGAUGAUAAAUUCUGUCAAGGUCGAGAUCUACGGCUGGAUUGAAGUUGUCACCGGAGUCAUCAAACUCAUUUUCUUGGCUAUUAUUAUCAUCUGUCUUCCUAUAGCUAUAUUCAAGUUUCCCAAAGAGACAGAAAAUGGUUCUGAGUCAACAGCUAAAGCACUUAAUAACACCAGGUCAAGUUGGAGCACCCCUUUCAGCAAAUACAACGAGAAGGCUGCCGAUAACUGGUUUGAAGCCUUUAUGAUGUGCCUAUCACUUGCUAUCUUUGCAUACGCCGGAAUCGAGAACAUUGCAGUCUCCGUCAUCGAAGCACGUUGGCCUUCUCAGGCAUCAACACAAGUCUCAAGCAGGGACUCUUCAGGCAUAUUUACAACUCCGGCUGUCACAUCGCCACCCAGGGCAGGCUCACCUCAGAAACACAAGACGGCACGAGAUUCCGUCAAACGGACAAUUGGGUUCACAGCGGUUGUUUUACCAAUACUAGUAGCUUCUGCGUACACCAUCAGCGGAUUAUUCGUGUCUCUGGGUCUCAGAAGGGACGACUGCGGCCUUCAGAGGCUUAGUUGGUUGAAGGACGAAGAUUGCGGGAAGCCCGAGACUGACAAGGAGGGCUUCACGUUCUCGCCUUUUAUCCUGAUCGCAAAAGCGUCGACCAUUCCCAAUCUUGACCACGCCUUGAACGCAUUUAUACUGUUUACUGCACUCACAUGUGCUAAUACUAAUCUAUACGUCGCGUCUAGAACACUUUUCGGCAUCACGCGGAACAUCCGUUCUGGUGAUUCGAUGCCAGCAGCUUUAGCCUGGUUUGGUGUUACGGAUCGCGACAGAGUACCACUUCGGGCGAUGGUGUUCACUGCACUUGCUUUCUCUUGGGUGCCUUUUCUCCAAGGAACGAAAAGUGUCCACACUGGCUCGGAUGCAGGGAAGUUCCUCGAGAUUCUUGUCCAGAUGGGGUCCGUCAGCAUCGUCAUUAUCUGGGCAUGCCUAUGCUUGGCCUAUGCCCGAUACCACUACUGUAUUCAUAAGUUUCGAGACUCGCUUGCAGAGGAUGGCAUACGCCUAGCAGAAGAUCGCGAAGCUGAAUCCGAUGCUUACCCCUAUCAAAGCCACUGGCAGCCCGUUCUGGCCAAGGAGGGGGACAAGGAGAAGGCCUAA